AAACUAAAUAACUCAAUUGAAGAAUUGCGGUGCAAUUGUCAAAUGAUCAAACGACUUCUCCAUAAAUCGGAGUUUCCUUCACUAUUUCCCUUUUUGUUUGUGCAACCGCAACCACUCCCCACCCUCUUGCUCCAACCUGCAAUCGGACCGCGCCAACCUGCAAACCAACCAACCGCCGCCAAUUUUCCGAGACAUUUACUGAAAUUCUCGCAGUGUGGGGUUUGUGGUGUAUGGGUGCAGGGAUGGAGUAAUUGUACAGUUAUUGUAUAGUUUGUAUAGUUUGUAUAGUUU